UCUAUGGUUUUAUCAGUCCAAAGCACUGUAUGGAACACCAUUACCCACAAUCCUGCACUCUUCCUUACGCUCAGUGGGCGGAGCUCAAACGGAAACAUGGCACCGGGCGUCUUACCUAGAGUAAGGCAGGUUCUCCGGAGCCCUCGGUUGGUCUCUGCUGUGUUCUCAUGUCACGGACAGACAUUCAGCUCCGCUGCAGCAGCGCCAGACACCGCUGCUACAGAGAAGAUCUGGAACUUCCCACUCACUCAACCGGACUAUUUCCGCUUGUCUGAGCUCUUCACCAUAAAGGACCUGUUUGAAGCCCGUGUCCAUCUUGGACAUAAGAAAGGCUGCAGGCAUAGGCUGAUGGAACCUUAUCUGUUUGGUUCUCGUCUGGACACAGACAUCAUUGAUCUGGAGCAGACAGCAGAGCACCUGCAGCGGGCGCUCAACUUCACAGCUCACGUGGCGUACCGCGGCGGCAUCAUCCUGUUCGUCAGCCGCAGGCGGCAGUUCGGUCACCUGAUCGAGACGACGGCGCGGGAGUGCGGCGAAUACGCUCACACACGCUACUGGAAGGGCGGCCUGCUCACCAACGCCUCCAUCCAGUACAGCCCCGGCGUCCGGCUGCCGGACCUCAUCCUUUUCUUCUCCACGCUCAAUAACGUCUUCCAGCAGCACGUCGGCAUCCGGGACGCGGCCAAAAUGAAUAUUCCCACGAUGGGGAUUGUGGACUCUAACUGUAACCCCAGUCUCAUCACGUACCCCGUGCCCGGCAACGAUGACACUCCUGUUGCCAUGGAGAUGUACUGCCGGUUAUUUAAAAUGACCAUUAACAGAGCAAAGGACAAGAGGAGACAGAUGGAGCUUCUCAAGGGGAUUUCAGCCUCAGUUUGAAGCAGGUCGACGAGCUUCAGCAUCUCUGUCAGAGUCUGUGUGGAUGGUGUCCUCACAGAGAAAGUCCAGUAGAAAUAGGAGUCCAAAAAGUAAAAAUUCAGUUAUAUUAAUGUAAGCCCAUUUCAGCCACAGAAUAAAAAAUGUAAAAGCAACUUUUUAUCUCACAAUUUUGUUGUUUCUUUUGCUUCUCUCAGAAUUGCAAGACUUGGAAAAAUUCGAUUCUUAUUUUAUAUCCUGCUUUUCAGAGUUUUAUUCUCAUAAUAGUUCUUUUUUAUAUAAAAAUGGUAAAAGCUACUUUUUUUAAUCUAACUUCAGAUUUUUCUUCUCAAUUUACAUUUAUAUCUCACAAUUCCAUUAGUUUUUUCUCUUUUUUUCAGUUCUGAGAAUAUUUUCUCCGAAUGGCAAGAUAAAAAGUCAAAAUUGUGAGAAAAAAAAGUCUUAACUGAGAUCUUUAUAGUUUUUUCCCUCUCUCUCUCUCUCUCUCUCUCUGGUAGCGAUCAUUUCUCAUACAGAAAUAAAGAUGUCCAGCUUAAUUUGAAAAUGUAAAAUCCAAUGACUUCAAACUGAAUAUUUAUUGUUUUUAUUAUUAUUAUUAUUAAUUUCCAUUGAUUACCUGUAAUGUGAACCCAAUAAAGUUUCACAAAUCCAAA